AUGUUAAGUGUGGCCACCACGCUUAUCUGCGAAAUUCUGAAAACCACGGUACCAACACCCUCUCCCCAAGACAUCAAUCUAUCCGUCCAAAUCCACGAUGCACUACUAGACGAAAAGAUAACGGGCACAGCGCUGCUUGCCGCGAAGGCUCGUGUUCAAGCCGUCUGGCAUUUAUGGGAGGCCAAGAUGAAGCGAGACGAGAUUGCCGAGCUGGAUAAGAAGUACGAUGACCUGCGUGCUGAGUAUGGAAAGCUGGAAGAUGAGGCGGCUGCAGUGGCCGUGCAGUUAGCUGCAAGGAGAUGCGAGGCCAGAGAGUGGAAGAUCAUGGCAUAUAAGGAAGACUGGCAGGGCAUUUUUGAUGAGGAGGUGGAUAAAGAGUGAGCUUUACCUGCAUGAUUCUCCAUGGUUCUGCGCUGGGUGAAAUGUUUGGGCGCACAAUGUAUCCCCUCUCCAAAAACGAAAUAUUAUGCUACAUAAAGGUAGUUCCAACGCUUUGCCCUCUGCUGUUGAGGCC